UACAAGUAAAAAAAAUAUCUUCCAAUUCACUACCCACCAGGUGAGGAAGGGUCUGGUGGCCUGGCCCUGGUGGGUGAUGUGGUUGCCUUUAAAGUCACUGCUACCACACUAUACCUCUUCCUUCCUUGCACCAUCCAUCUCCUACAAGCUCAUUGAAGAGAGAGAAACUCAGAGAGAGAGAUGGGGAAUUGCCAAGCCAUUGAUAAUGCAACUCUGGCAAUACAACACCCAUGUGGUAGAGUGGACAAGCUGUAUUGGCCUGUCAAUGCCAGUGAGGUUAUGAAAAUGAACCCUGGCCAUUAUGUUGCUCUUCUCCUCACCACCACCACCACCACCACCACAGGCAGCCACAACAGCAGUAAUUCGGUACGCAUUACGCGUAUUAAGCUUCUCCGGCCAACGGAUACUCUAAUUCUUGGCCAAGUUUACAGGCUUAUCACCACUGAAGAGGUCAUGAAAGGAUUGUGGGCAAAGAAGUAUGCUAAGAUGAAGAAGAGGCAAUCAGAAUCACCUGAUAAGCAAGAAAGGAUGAAAGAGAAGAUGGGUUCUGAUUCUGAGAUGAAGAACACCAACCAGGUGCAAACACAUGAAAGGCAUCGACCGAGGACGACCACAACAGGGAACUCUGCGGCUGCCAAAUCAAGAGCAUGGCAACCUUCACUGCACAGCAUCUCUGAGGCCACAAUCUGAUUAUGUUUCUCUUAUUUCCAUACCAAACCAAUUGCAUGAAACAGAGAUGACUUGAGGUGGGCAAUCUGCUGACCCAAGGA